AUGAAGCAGGCGGAGAGAUCUAAGAGGGAGAAGAAGAGACUGAUGAGAGAGAGGAAUAGUGAGCAGGAGGACACCAUUAGCCACUUCUCCCACCCAGGGCACGAGCUCGUGAAGCGGCACUACAUCGGGCCGUCGUUCCUCUGCGACAUGUGCUGGGAGCACCUGUCCGGCCCCGGCUACGGCUGCAGCGCCGGCUGCGACUUCGGCAUCCACGAGUCAUGCGCCGGCCACCCGCAGACGCUCAGCUCCCAGGAGCACCACGCGCACCCGCUCGUGCUCGUCCAGACCCACCGCGACGUCGUGGCUCACAUGUGCGACGUCUGUGCCGGGCGCUGCGCCGCGGGCUGCUUCCUCUACCGCUGCCCGCCGUGCGGGUUCGACAUGCACCCGAGCUGCGCGCGGCUGCCACAGGUCGGGCGCAGCGCGCGGCACUCGCAGCACGACCUUACGCUGCUGGUCGUCGCCGACGGCCCCUGUGCCGCCGCGUGCGGCGGCGCGGGGCGCGCGUGGUACUACCGCUGCACCGCGUGCAACGUCGACUUCCACGUGCCGUGUGCGGCGACCGCCGGCGGCAACAACGAUGGCGCUCGUCAAGCUGGCCACGACGCCGACACCGCUGUUGAACUGAUACAUCAGGCAAGUGCGGCGCAAAUGAAAAUUCAGGCUGCGAUGAUGCAAGAAAGGAUCGCGGCGCAGGGUUUCAGAAACGCGUUGGACCCAGUCAGCCCUUCCUGUAAGUUCCCCUUGCAUCCGUAG